AUGUCUCAAGACCUCAAGCGCCGUGCUGACUCCCCCGGUGGUUCCUCGGGGGGCAACGUCGUCGAUCACAUCGCGGCUAACGUGACGGACGAUGUGGAGGCUUCGGCCAGGAGGGGAACCGCAAACGGAGAGCCUCAUGUCAUCAAGGUGCAGCCGUUGAAGCGGAGCGAGAUGCAGCCCUCCUACGCCCAAGAUCUUGGCACCUCUGAGGUCACCCAUGGUGUAUACGGUUCAAUGAUGCAGGCCUUGGGUUCCUGCAUCGGUUUCUGCGGUGCUAUUCCCUGCUGCCCGCUUCCCAGUCCGUUCCGCAACAUUCCUCAAGGGUCCGUUGGGUUGGUCACCAGGUUCGGCAAAUUCUACAAGUCGGUCGACCCUGGUCUUGUCCAGGUCAACCCGUGCACGGAAGGCGUUCGUAUUGUCGAUGUCAAAAUCCAAAUUGCCUCCAUUGGCAGACAGAAGGUCAUCACCCGUGACAAUGUCGACGUCGACAUCGAUUCGGUAAUGUACUUCCAAAUCACCAGCCCCUACCGCGCUGCCUUCGGCAUUUCCGACCUCCGCCAGGCACUCAUCGAGCGUGCUCAAACAACAUUGCGCCACGUUGUCGGCGCGCGCGCUGUGCAGAGCGUCGUCACUGAGCGUGAAGCUAUCGCGUUUGAGAUCGCUGAGAUCGUCGGUGACGUCGCCGACAAGUGGGGUGUUGCCAUUGAGGGCAUACUCAUCAAAGACAUCGUCUUCAGCCCUGAGGUCUCUGCGUCACUCUCCUCCGCUGCACAGCAGAAGCGCCUCGGAGAGAGCAAGGUCAUCGCCGCUCGCGCUGAAGUUGACGCCGCUCGUCUCAUGCGCCAGGCUGCGGACAUCCUCGCUUCCCCUGCUGCGAUGCAGAUCCGUCAGCUCGAGGCGCUCCAGACAAUGGCCAAGACCGCGAACAGCAAAGUUGUCUUCGUUCCCAUGCAACUCCAAAGCGACAUCGUUGGCCAGAUGACGGCGCAUCCCGUGGCAUCGGGGUCUGGGUUGAGAGAAGAGACUGGAGAGGGGAUCGGAGCAGCCGGCCGCGCUGGCUUGCUCAACAGCGUUUCUCAGAUGUAA